AUGUGCAGCUGGUACGGGACGGCCCUGUUGCAGCACUGUCCUCCUGUGCUGCACUUCAACGCUAAGCUGCAGGUGUGUGACUCUCCUGAACACGCCAACUGUGUACAGAGGACCACAACUGCUCCUGUCUCCAGUACCGCUACUGCUGUGCCAGUCUCCAGUGUGACCACAGCUGUUCCUAUUUCCAAUCUGUUCCAAUCAACAGUGCAUCCACAGCAGGAAUGCGUCACGGCCUCCCAGCCGUCGUCACGGCCCUCCUCAAGUGGCCGCCCAGUGCCCCUACACCCGGGGCCGAUCCCUCUGCUGCUGCCCAACCCCGUCGACUGCGGCUCCUUCUACAUAUGCAGCUGGUACGGGACGGCCCUGUUGCAGCACUGUCCUCCUGUGCUCCACUUUAACGCCAAACUGCAAGUGUGUGACUCUCCUGAACACGCCAACUGUAUCGAGAGAACUACAGCUGCCCAUGUCUCCAGCACCUCAACUGCUGCCCAGCCUUCAAUGUGA